CCCGUAAAGAUUAAAAACGAUUCUACCAUUACUGUCAUGUGGGCGAAAGACCCAACGUCAGAAGUUGAUAUGUGUAUCGACUGUGAAAUGUUGAAGGAGGAAGAAGGACUUUUGGGUGUUGUAUGGAAAAAAGGAAUUGAUAUGAAACCCGGUCAUGCAGCUACUUCUGUUCAUUUUUAUGUUGCUCCAGGAGUGUCACUUCCUCAUUCAGUUAUCCUCAGAGCUUUUGGUAAUACUACAUUUGGUCCAAGAUGUGCUGCUUACUCGUAA